AUGGCGUCAGGAAGAGAGGACCCAAAGGAGAAGGAGAAGGGGCACAAGGCGAGGGAGGCGGUCGUGGGCGCGGAUCAGGGCGAGGCGGUCCGGGUCGACGUCCACCAAGACGUCCUUGCCAUACUCUGCAUCUCCUUCAACCAUGGUUCCAGGAUUUAUCUUGUUGGACAAUCUGCUGGUGCACAUAUUGCUGCUUGUGCUCUCAUAAAUCAGGCUAUCAGAGAAUGUGGUGAAGAUACUUCCACUUGGAGUGUUGCACAGCUAAAAGCAUACUUUGGUAUUUCUGGCGGUUAUAAUCUUCUUAACUUGGUUGAUCAUUUCCAUAGGCGUGGUCUUUACCGGUCCGUCUUCCUCAGCAUUAUGGAAGGCGAGGAAUCAUUGAGGAAAUUUUCUCCAGAAGUCGUGGUUAAGGACGUAGCAGUUAGAUCCGCAGUCUCUUUGUUGCCACAAAUCAUCCUUUUUCAUGGGACAAGUGACUGUUCAAUGCCCUCUGCUGAAAGUGAAGCAUUCCUUGCUGCUUUACAACAGCGUGGUGCUAAAGCGGAUCUAUUCUUAUACGAAGGAAAGACACAUACUGAUUUAUUUCUUCAGAGUGCAGACGUACUUUGAUCAGUUGAAUCGCAAGUCUGCGGAAUAAAAAUGCCCGCUGGAGCCAUUCUAAGGAAGAAGAAGAAGAAGCGUAGCCUGCACCUAGGUACUCCUAUGUCUGAAGCCCGCCGUUUUAUUAUGAUGUUACUCAGAAUGAAACUGCUGUGACAAGUACAUCGUUCACAUUCAUACUGUGUGUGCGAUGGUUAGUAUUUCGGUCAUUUAUUCAGUAGUAGUGUUGCAGACAAUAUUGUGACCCUGACCAGCAGAACCAUGCCAAUUACUUGCACAUCUCCUUGUCAGGAACCAGGCUGCAUCUUGUGAAGAAAUCAACACUUGUCAUGUUAUUAACUGAAGAAAUUGACACCCGGCGGUUAUCUUCAUCAAAUCUAGCAGCAACUUACCGGUUUCCCUGGAGCUACGGCACACUGCCACACUCUUCAUCAUGCAUCCAACAAGCUCUGAAGACUGGGGCUGCCGCUAUUUUGGAUUAUGACCUUUACUAUCUCGUUGUUCACCAGCUUUGAUGCUGCUUUGCCAGGCAGUGGCAGAUGUCAUCAUCUCCAGAGUGGAGAGGAGAUGUGCACAAUUCACUGAAUUAUGCGCCAUCAAUCAGCUGAACAUGCUCUUGAAAUCAUGAGCUGCUUCUUCGCCAUCAACUGCAUCAUCUUGUGCUGCUGUGAAGAUGACCAAGGUGUAUGGAAUGGGCGCAGAACCAUCAAAUUUCUCCAUCGGGCCUUCAUCAUGCAGUUGGUAAACCUGUAGUGUUGUACAAACUGAAGUUCCUCUUAUGAUGUGUACGUGCAUUCAUAAGGUGGUCGGUCACCACAUAUUAGACAUUAUUUAUUUACGUCUCGGGUUAUAACUGUUGGCGCACCUUUCCUUCUAUUUUUUAUUUUCGAUAAAGAACAUUUCAUCCGACCGAUAUAUUGAGGUGAUACAACAGUAUUGAAAGAA